UACAGGAAUGUCGAAAGAAUGCAUCAACACCAUUGCAUUUCAAACAAUUGGUUCACAAAUCGAAGAAUUUUUAAAGUUUGCGUUCAUUACGUACAUCCUCAUCCAGCAGACUGUCUUGCUUCACAACAUGAAUGGCAACGAUGGCAACUGGUGUUUAAGUCGAGCCAUGCAUCGUAUUCUCGGGGGCGCGGUAAUUAAUGCCGUGAUUCAAUCAACGCAACAAAAGUAUUUGUAGCGCGACGAAUGAAAAGCACGGAGAGCGACUGGAAAAACCGAAUUAUUUAUAGAGCUGCCUUAAAUGGCUUUCAUAUGCGGGCGAAUGAGAUGUUCAGAUAACUACAAAGUAGAUAGCUUGGAGAAUAUGCUUGUGUCAAAAAAGACGACUAACAACGUAAUGGUAUAAUUCAUGAACCGUCAGCAGAAAAUACAUUUUGAGUUAAAUAGCUUUGAAGUUGCCACACUUUAAAGUUGCGUGACAUUUAUAAAGGUGUUAAUAGUUUCCAGUUUAUGUAAAUUGGCAUUUUCCUUAUUCAAGUUCGAGUGUUUGGACACAAGAAAAGAUGGAUGUUCCUGAUAUAGGUAUCAUCGUUGCAUUGAUGUGCAUUUUACUACUAAGUUUGGUUGGAAACGUUGCCCUUUUGGCCGUGGUCUAUUCUCAAUUGCCUUAUCAAUUGGUUAAAAACUAUUCCUAUCUUAUACUAAACCUAGCAAUAAGUGACAUAUUAUUGGCUAUCUCAAGUAUACCCUUUGAUAUUGCACAAAAAAUCAAAAGGCCCGAGUUCCCAUUUGGAGCAGCAAUGUGCAAAAUUCUUUGGCCUUUGCAAACUGUUUGUGGUAUGUCUUCAAUAUUCACCGUAGGUGCGCUAAGCUACCAUCGUUACAGACUUGUUGUGCGACCUUUUAAUGGUAAAAUACGUCGUCGAUUCAUUGUACUCAUUAUAAUUUCAAUAUGGGUUUUGCCUGUCAUCCUUGCUGGCGCUCCAUACUCAUUUGCUCUGCGUUUUGAUCCGAACACGUCAAGUUGUAAUGAGGAAUGGGCACCAGCCACUGAGAAAGCAAAACUCGGAUUUACAACGUAUUUGUUUGUCAUUCAGUACGUGUUACCACUCGCUCUUAUAGUGUGGUGUAACGUUAACGCCAUAUUGGAAUUGAAAAGACAUUUCAAAGAUCGGACAGGAUCUUCCGUGAUAAACGACUUUUCCAUCGACAAUCACGAAAACACAGUUAAAAUGCUGACAGCAAUCAUGGCUGUUUUCGCUUUAUUUUGGCUACCCGGACAGACGAUGGCUCUACUUAUGGAUUUGCACUAUUCCAAUGAAUUUAUGAUUAAUUACGGAUUAGAUAUUGCAUAUAUACUUGUUUUCAGUAAUUGCGUUCUCAAUCCGUUUAUUUUUGCCUACUUCAGUCGGUGCCACAAGAACCUGCCGAUCCUGAGACGUUUUACAGCCAGCUCAAUCAAUCCCACAAACGCAAGCGACGUGAAUUAUUUUGCAUUGCGACGAAGGUCGGAUCAACGAAAAAGAAGCGACUCUCUUCCGGAAGAUUGUAAAACUCUGCCUUUGCGAAAGAGAAUCAAAAGAACCUCGCUGCCAACAAUACUUUAUCCACCCAUAAUUCACAAAACAAGUUUAAUUUCAAUCACAGGGAGUCAAGAUGAUCCAACAAACAAAAGCAAGAGCUAUGCUUUGGUUAAGAAUAACAAGUACAUCUAAAAGUACACAAUUUACGAGUCAAAAGCAAGCAAAGUUGAAAGCACACAAUUUAUGAGUCAAACAGCAUUUAUCACGAUCAAUUUUAUCAAAACCAAUCAAAGAAGGAGAUAGUUACUAUUGACACAUCAAAGCAAUUAGAACCAUUUAAAAUCGUCAUGGCAAAGCCAAUUGAAACGAAAUAAUCCAAACAUAAUUGAAACACGUCAUGAAGCGGAAGGAGCAAACCAAGUGUUGAACAAUGUUUUUGAAACCACGAAGACAAUGAAUGUAGACGUUUGUCAACAAGUUUUUAAAAGCAAUACCAGAGACAAAAUUCACUUAAUUUAUUUGAAUAUUGCAGAGAAAAAUAUUAACAUAUUACAUCAAGUAAAUUUUUUUUGCACCA